AACAAACCUUCAAAACGGUCCCAAGCUUUGUCUGUGGUGGACGCGCGCACGUCCGUCUCCCCCCUGUCGAAAGUGCAAAAGUGGGCAAAUUUCAACUUUCUCCCACCGUGUGUUACCCACAACAGGAAUUGACAUUUAUUUUUACGUUGCGUGUAAUUGGAUAAAUUAAGGCACAAUUGCGUGCCAAAAUCAGGUUGGACAUUUUCGUCCAAACUGGAGCGCGAUAAAUUACCCUGUUGGAAUCGAGUCGAAGCAUACGAAGAGCAAAAGAAAAAAAGUGUAGCGUGAGCGUGUGUGUGAGGCAAGUGCGCACACUCGUCGUCGUUGCGGUUGGUGGUGUGCGUGUGUUGGCGCAGCGAAAAAUAAAACCCGACGAGGUUGACUAAUUUCGGCAGUAAAUUUUUGGUACAAAUUUGAUUUUUUCAAAAGAAAUUUAAGUGAAAUCAAUUGGAAUUGUAUUUGCGAGAGCGUCGAGGGAAGAAGUGAAAAAAAGUCGCAAAAUUUUGACAGCUUGCGACGACUGACAGCCCAGUGCAGGCAGAACAAGAUGGCGGCGGUCGCGUCGACCAAUCAGCGACGAGCUUCUAUCGUCGGCGCACACUUUGGUGAUUUUUCAUACGUUUUCGCGUCACCGUCGUGCAGAGGCAAAAUUUAGUGCGUCCUCGACGGAACAAGUCCAGCAGCAGAGCAGGGUUGAAAAUAUCGCGGAAAUUGUCGAACCUUCGUGCGUGACAUGUGUCAGGACGGUCUGCGUCCGUCGGAGUCAAGUGACCGCGUUGGAACUGCGUGGAUUAGGACCAUUUCCGGAUAAAAACGUAGAAAAACCCACUCUUACGUUUCGAUUUACAAAAAAAAAGAUCACAAAUCAAACCAACCGAUACAUCGUUCACCGCCCGUGAACCACAAUAUGAGCAGUCGCAAGUCGGCGGCCGCUGCCGGGGAGGGCCCGUCCGGCAGCAAAAAGCGUGGCCGACCGCCGGGCCGCCAGUCGUCGUCCUCCUCGAUGGAACGACCCAAGGGCAAGUUCCAGUACCACCUGCUCAAGAAGCCCAAAUAUCUGUGCAAAGACGGUGACUCCCGGUUCAGCACACCAUCCGCCUCGCGUGCCUCGUCCCCCGGCCAGGGCAGCGAGGAGAGCAGCAGCGUCCGCCCGUCGGCGUCGCGAUCUCGGGCACGGCCCAGCAAAACACCGAGCAAGUCGGCCGCCAAAGCAACACCCAAAGGACGCGCUUCGACGGGAGGUGCCCGAGGCCGCGCCAGCAAUAGCCGGAAAAGUUACACGUACCACGAGUCGGAGUACCACUACGGGUCGGACUUUGGCGAUGACAGUGACAAAAGUGACGGGUACGACGACUCGAUGCGGUCGGCGUCGGAUUCGGACGACAGUCUCGCGCAAGAGUCCGAGUCGGACAUGUCGAUUCUGAGCUUGAGCGUUGGCCCGAUCGGGAGCGGGUUGCAGAAGGAACCAUCGCCGGAUCCAAUCUGGCUGCAGGAUCGCGAGUAUCCGCCGCUGGAGUUGCCACCGUCGUCGGAGGAUCUGCUCGUGCCGAACGAGUUGGUGUUGCGAUGUGCAUCGAUUUACGAAAUCAUACGACGGUUCCGGCACCUGGUGCGGUUAUCCCCGUUCCGGUUGGAGGACUUUGCCGCGGCCAUCGCGUGCGAAGAUCAGAGCCCACUGCUGGUGGAGAUUCACAUCAUGCUGCUGAAGGCGAUACUGCGCGAGGAAGAUUCUCAACAGACACACUUUGCUCCGCUGGACCAGAAGGACAGCGUCAACAUUGCGUUGUAUCUGAUCGAUACGAUAACGUGGCCGGAAGUGAUGCGAAGUUACAUCGAAAGUGACUCGGCGCUCGAUCGGGACGUGUUGAAGAUACUCAGCACCAGUGAGUAUCCGUUUGUGGGGGCACAGCAGAGGCUACGCGUGUUGCAAUUCUUGACCGACCAGUUCCUGGUCACGACCACGGUCCGUGACGAUAUGCUGCAGGAGAGUCCCAUCCAUUACGACGACCACUGUCGUAUCUGUCACCGGUUGGGAGAUCUGCUGUGCUGCGAGACGUGCCCGGCAGUGUUCCACCUGGACUGUGUCGAUCCACCGUUGAUAGACGUGCCCAGCGAGGACUGGCAGUGCAAUCUGUGCAAGCUGCACAAGGUUUCCGGCGUCAUGGACUGCAUCUCGAGCCAGGAAAAGCAGGGAAUGCUGUGUCGGCAGGAACUGCUCGGCUUCGACCGGAAUGGGCGCAAGUAUUGGUACGUUGGCCGGCGGAUAUUCGUCGAAACGGAGGAAGGUGACAAUCCGGAAGUGUGGUACUACAGCACGGUGAAGCAGUUUGAGUAUCUAAUGACGCUGCUUGAUCCGGACGAAUACGAAGCACAACUGUGGAAGGAGUUGGACGAACGGCGGGACGAAAUCAUCCGCCAGAUGACCAUCACCGAAAACAUAACCAAUCAACAAAAGGGCGGUAAAAAGUCGUACAUUGAGGUGGACAAUCAGCGCAUCGACAAGUUGAUGACGCAAGAUGCUCCACCGGGUGAGGAAGAAGCGAAGGAGAACUCGGACGAACAGGACAAGGAAGAUUCGACCAACGGUAGCGAAUCGGCGGCCGAGAAGGAGGAAGACGGCGAUAAGCAUGUAACGCGGUCGAAAACGGGUUCGUUGACACCGCGAACAUUCAGCAUCGACGAGCUUAAACGGAAAGGCUCGCUUACCAAAGAAGACGAAGAGGCUCGGUUGACACGGAACCGACUUAGCCAGCUGGGCAACGGUACGCUGUACUUUAAGCUGGGCCAGGAGAACGGGUUCAAGUCGUACGUCAAUCAGUACUCGAUCAACCCAAUCGCGUUGAACAAACCACAACGGAACGAGGAACGCGACAAGAAGCGCCAUCUGUCGCACAAGUUCUCGUUGACGCAAGCUUCGGAGUUCAAGUGGCUCGGCGGUGGAAUGAACAGCACCCAGGCGCAGAUGAUCUCCACCAUCAAACAGACCAUCAUCGCCCUGGAACAGGCCACUCCGUCAUCGUUCCUGCACCAAAAUUGGACCAAACUGCGCAAAACUUGGAUCGGUGCAAUCAGCGCCUGCACCAAGGGACGAGACUUUGCUCGGAUCCUGUGCAUCCUUCAGGCGAGCAUGCGUUCGGUCAUCUUUGCCAGCGUUUGGCACGAACAGCUCGGGCACACCCGGAUGUACCGAAUUACCGCUGCCGAGCGUGAGGAGAAAAAGAAGCUCGAGAAGCGGGAAAAGCGCGAACAGGCCGACGAGGAGGAACGGAACCGAAACACGUUCAACUUUGUCAAGUACUCGCUCGGACUGCGGCACCAGGUUUGGAAGCAAAAGGGCGAAGAGUACCGCAUCCACGGCCAAUGGGACUGGGUUUGGAUCUCGUGCAAUCGGCGGCAGCAGUCGCACAAGACGCGCCGGGAAACGAACGAAGUCGGCCACGUAGUCGUUCCGAUCAUUGCCGAGGUGCACAAGCGGUUGCUCAAGCUGAACCGUAAGACGCACGAGGCGUACCAGGCCUGCAUCCAGGAUGACAGCCCCGCCGAGAAGCUGGACUUUAUGACCGAGAACGAUACGUUGAACCACCAGCUGGUGGAAAAGUUCAGCCAAAUCGAGACAUUCCAACUGCCCGUGCUGUACGGGGAAAUUGACAUAAGCAAGGCACUGUCCACGCCGGCAGGUCGUGCGCUCUAUCCAAAGAUUGCCCGAAAGGCUUCGGUGCUGGAUGGGUUGCUUCAGCGGAGGAUUGAGCUGCGGGACGCCGAGGAGCGAAAGAUCGCCAACGUCAAGCUGGAAGAGGACGACAUCGGGGUCAACGUAAUCGCCAAGCCGGAGGUGGCCGCCGUGCCGAGUGUGCGGUUCGGCGAGUGCGUUGAAAAGCAACUGCAAAAGAUUGCAAACAGCAGGGCUAACAGCGUCGUGGCCACCAGGAAUGGCACUGGAAUUGUGCGAAUCACUCCGAGUACGCCGACUACGACGGUGCCGACGCCGACGGUGAAGCCGAUGCCGGAGGAGAAGCGACAGGAGUUGAGUGAGAAAAUUCUCGCCCUUCGUGCCAAGUACCGGCAGGUCAGUCGUGUUGCGUCCCAGUACAAGUGCUACUCGGUUGACUGUGCCGAUGGCAAUUGCUACUCGGUGCUGUGUUCCCAGAAGCAGGCCAUCCAGGAUGAGUUGCGGCCACUGCUGAAGCAGCUGCAGUCGGCUCCGGUGGUCAGCGCCGCAGUUGGUGGAGUGCGGUCAAUCUUGGAGCAAAAGUUGACCCAGAACAAGCCGGAAGAUUUUGACGCACUGCUGAGCGCGUUCACCAUGAAUCGGUACCGUGCGAUCUCGGACGAUCUGGAGCAAGCCCUGCGCGAUCCGGUCGAGUACGACGAGGAGCUGAUUGCGUCGAUGGCGCUACCAAAGAUGGAAGUGGCGGAAGAGAGCAACAACAACGUUACGAACGAGGUUGAAGUAAAGACCGAAGAGGUUCCGGACAUGGUUGUUAAAGAGGAGGUCGUCAGCACGGAAGAUGAACUCAAUCUGAACGGGUCGGAACGAGCGGCGGACGAUAGUUUGAAGAUGAACGAAAACUCCAACUCGAUCUCGGAGAACUCGUGCGACGAACCACGGACAACGCGGCGAGGCCGCUCGUCCAGAAACAGUGGCAAGAACAACUCGCUGGUUGUCGUGGAAGAGCCAGAGCCACCGAAGGUCGUCAAACAGGAAGUGGUUCUGCCCAAGCGAGAGCACAAACCAAAUCGGCGCUUUGCGUUGCCAUCGCGAAGUGUCAAGAAGGAGGAUUCCGCCGAAGAGAAGGAACUGGCCCCGGACGGUAGUCAGCGUGUCUUUACUGUUUCAUCACCCAAGGGACGAAUCUACCUGCGCAAGGAGGUGCAAGCGCUGCCGGUGGUGGCGACGACUACGGUCGUUGCCGACACGAAGGUUAAGCCCGAACCCAAAGUGACCAGCGGUCCAGUUAAGCCAAAGUAUCCAGCGGUGAACUAUUUCCGCAACUGGAAGCAAACCACGUCGAUCAUGACGCUGCCACGGCACGACGCGAUCAAGUUGGCCCGGAUUGGGGGUCGACUUCCGGUGGAGGGUUUCCACCACACGGCCAAGAACAACAACUCCGUUUGGCCGUAUCCGUGCGCGCGGCCCCUCUUCAAGACGUGCUGGCUGUACAGGACGUUGAACUUGUCGACGCUGGCCGCGGUCGGGCUGCAACUGCGCAUCGUUUGGACCUGCCUGCGGUGGGACGAUAUGGCCAUGAAGCCGGUGACGACCGACGGGAAGCAUCAGGUCACUACCGAAUCCGAGAUCAUGUCGUUGGAGAUUUUGAAACAUCGCUACGCCGGGGUGUUCAACGAGCGGAUGCAGUACCUCCGCAGGAAGGUUGUCAUUCCGCUGGAGCUGCCCAAGACGGUGCGAGAGGUUCAAUCGAUCCGAUCCGGACUGCGGAAGCGUAAGCGGGCUGAGUCUCCGCAGCAAACGGAACCCCAGGUCAGCGAGGAGUGGAUCGACGAGGACAAGCUCGAGCUGUGGGAGAUUAAGCUGUACGGAGAGAAGCAGGAGAAGUUGGCCGCUGCCCAGGUGCUGCCGGUAACGAGGACCAGCACCGGAAAGCUUCCACCGAAUCGGCAUGCCGGCUCUUCGUCCGGCGAAUCGUCCAACUCGUCUACUCCGACGAACGGAGCUUCCUCCAGCUCCGGUGGACCGAACAAGACUGGCGUCAUUUCCAGUAAGGCGUCCCGGGAGGAAAUUACCGAAAAAAUGGAACAACAGCUGCGGAUUCAGCGCGCCGCCCACAACCAGAAGCGGGCGAUGGAGUUGAAGCAAGAUGGUGCAACGCCGCCCAAGCAGACGGUCGUGCAGCGACGCAUCAUCGUCAAGAACCCGGACGGUACGACCAAGGUGAUCCAGCAGAACAUCACCCAACCUGCGGGCCAAGCGGCGCGAUCUUCCCCGUCAGUUGUACAACAGCAACAGCAGCAGCAGCAACAACAAGCGCAGGCGAGUCCCGCUCCGAAACCGGACGGUCCCCAGAAGGUCCAGAUCAUCCGCGGUCCCGACGGCAAGGUUAGCGUCCGCGGACUCAACCCGGGCCAACAGCUGAUCCAGACGGCCGACGGAAAAUUGCACGUGCUCAGUGCGGCACCCGGUUCGAGUCCAACCGCGAGCAAGCAGGCGAUCGCCACCAAGACGGGUCAGAAGAUUAUCACGAAAAUGGCAGCCGCUGGCACGUCCGCCACGCCCAUUUCGUCCCCCGUGGUUCAGCAGCAGCAGCAGGUUCAACCGAUUCAGCAGAACACCACCACCGUGGUCAGUUCACCGGUUGCGGCUCCUGUUGCUGCCACCACGACGACGACGACGACGACGUCGGUCGCUCAGCAGAUUUUGAACAAGUCGCCAAACCUGGUCGUGCGGAACCAGGCCGGCCAGCCGAUCAAGCAGAUCAUCCAGAAGCAGGUCGUGCAGAAGGUUCAAGCAACCAGUACGACUCCGCAGCAGGUGGCCGCGACGCCCCAGAAGAUCAUCAUCAACAAUCAGCAGGGUGGUACGGUUCAGAAGAUCAUUUCGACCGCCGGUGGUCAGCUGAUUGCGACGAGCACCAGCAACCAGCAGGUUCAGAAGGUUGUGACGCAGUCCAAUCUGCAGCAGUUGCUGCAGGGUGCGACCGGCCAGAAGGUGAUUGUCGAGCAGAACCCCGGCCAAAGUCAGGCGGUCCAGACGCAGAAGGUUCUGGUUACGACAACUCCAACCGGGCAGACCGUACAGAAGCAGAUUUUGAUUCAGAACGCCAAUGCGCCCGGAACACCGCAGCAGAUCGUGAUCAACCAGGGCGGAGGUGGACAGAAGAUUGUUCAGCAGAUAGUGGCCUCACCCGGUCAGCAGAUAAUGAUCGGCGGUCAGCGAAUAAUUCUGAACCACGGAGGUGGCCAAAAGAUCAUCAGCAAUCAACCGAUCCAAAUCCAGCAGAACCAACAGGUUCAGCAGAUUCAGCAAGUGCAAAAGGUUCACCACCAGCUGGUGGCGGCACCCCAACAACAGCAGCAGCAGCCUCAACAGCCGCAGCAAAUCCAGAUCCAAAUUCAGCAACCCGUGGUGAGUCAACCCCAGCAGAUCCAGACCAUCCAGGCCGCCCAACAACCGACUCAGCUGAGUCAAGGUCAAAGUUUGGCGCAACAACUGUCCAGCGGAAAGCUUCAGCUAGCCAACCUAAACGGCCAACAGGUGCUGAUUCGACCCUUGGGCAACAACCAGGCCCAGGUGGUGGCCCACAUCAAGACCCAGUCCAACGGAACCGCCCAAAUCAUUCCUCUGGCUAACGCGGUCGACCCACCGCCGCCGCCUCAGCCGCAACCCCAACCUCAGAUACAGCAUGUCCAAAUCCCGCAAGCAACAACGAUUCAACAAGUCGUCCAGCAGCAACAACAAACCGUCGUCCAGCAUGCACUGAACACGUCCGGUGGGUCCACGACCACCACCACCUUCCAACAGCUUGCCUCACCAAUCCAGCAGCAGCAGCAGCAACAGCAACAGGUCAUCGAUCCCGUCGAGCAGUCCCUGCUCCAGGGACAACCACCGGGCACGGUCAUCAAGUGCGUUACGGCCCAGGUCAUCCAAACGCAGCAGGGUCCGCGGAUAGUGCUGCAAGGUUUGCAGGGUUCGGACUUUACGCCCCAGCAGUCCGCGCUCGUCCAGCAGCAGGUCAAGCAGCAGCUGCUCAAAGCCCAAGAGUCCAACGGCAAGCAGGGCGUGCUCGGGCCGACCAAGAUCUACCUGGCGAUUCAGCCGUCGCAGCAGGCGACGGUCGCGGCCCAGCCUCCCCCGUUGGCGCCGGUCCAGAUCAAGCACGACGGCGGAACGACGCACAUUCAGCUGCACCACCAGCACGCCGACUCGACCGUCACCACCACGACACCCACCGCGGCGGACGACCCGGAACUGCCGGUGACGGGUUCGCUCAUCAGCACAACGAGCACGAUCAAGACGGCGGCCAGCACGAGCGCCAACGACAGCAAGCCGCAGAUUCUGUCCAACAUUGUCAUCAACGGGGGCGGCACGGGGACGCCGAUCAACCCGCUGGUCAAGAAGGAACUGCAGAAGGUGCUUAGUCGGAGUCAGCAGAAGCAGGUUCCGACGGACGAGCAGCAGGAUGUGGUCGUGGCGGAGGCUGCCGUGAAGGAGGAAGACGAGGACGAGGACGGAGGCGAGGUCAAGGACGAUGGGUCGUUUGUCGUGACGGCGGAUUACAUUCAGCAGACAAUCAAAAAUGCCUUGAAGCAGGAGAAUCUCAACCCGGAGAUUGAGGAAAAGUUGUUGAAUCUGCAGCGGUACCAGGAGAAGCAGAUGAAGGUGGACGAUCGGGGUGGAGCGGCGAUUGCGUUGCAGCACAACUACAGCAACAUGAGUUCGUCCCGGGAGCAUCAUCAACACCACAGCCAGAGUACGCCGUCCAAGGCCAAGAAGCGGGUUUACCGCGGCGAGGACGACGAUGACGAGUGGAUGAUGGACACGCCAAAGCGAAGGCCGACGAAAGCUGGUGGCGUUGGCGGAGGAGGCAGUGUUGGCAGUUCCGUUAGCUCGGUCGAGAGGAAGAGCGGCAUGGUGGUUGGGGGCUUGGAGACGACUCCGUGUUCCUCGAGUAAAAAGCGUACGAUCUCACAGAAUGAAGCGACGGCUGCGGCCGCCGCAGCGGCAGUUGUUGCCUCGGUUAAAGCCGAAACGAUGGGCAUUGACAUGCCGGUUCCGUUGGAGAGUCCAACGACUACCACGACGUCAACACCCGCAUCUUCAACGUUCAACGCCCGUUCGGAGGCGGCUCGCCGCGGUGUCGAGAAGCGACGGCAGCAACAAGCUCUACUCCAACAACAACAACGCCAGAACAAGCUGCAGGCCCAGCUGAACCGCCACAAGGAGCAACUCAAGAAGGACAUUCUCAAGAAGCGAUCUCAUCUGGAACGGGAACUGCAGGUACAGAUCCAGAAGGAGCUGUCGGCGGAACUUGCUACGCGCUGCAAGCAGGAACAGCAGCAAAUCAAACAGGAAAGCAGUGCUACCAAACCGGGCCAGACGGGAGUGGCGUCGGCGGCGGCCGCCGUCGAAAAGGGCGGUUCUGCGAGGAAAAACAAAGCAUCCACCGCGGAUAAGCCCUCCAAGUCGGGCAGCAGUAAACGAAUGUCCAAGGGGAAAAAGGAGAAGAUUUACUGCGUCUGCCGGAAGCCGUACGACGACACGAAAUUCUACGUGGGUUGUGAUCUGUGCAAUAACUGGUUCCACGGCGACUGCGUCGGCAUCACCGAGGAGCAAUCGAAGGAGGUCAACGAGUUUGUGUGCAGCGAGUGCAAGCACGCCCGGGAAACGCAGGAGCUGUACUGUCUGUGCAAGCAGCCGUACGACGAGUCGCAAUUCUACAUUUGCUGUGAUAAGUGCCAGGACUGGUUCCACGGGCGCUGCGUGGGCAUCCUGCAGAGCGAGGCCGAGUUCAUCGACGAGUACAUCUGCCCGAACUGUCAGAUCAACAACUCGGUCAACUUUGCCAACAUGAAGUCGCUGAGCGCGAAGGAGUUUGACAACCUGAAGAAGCUCGUCAAGCAGAUUCAGCAACACAAAAGCGCGUGGCCCUUUAUGGAGCCGGUCGAUCCCGACGAGGCUCCGGACUACUACCGAGUCAUUAAGGAACCGAUGGACCUCCAGAAGAUCGAGGGCAAGGUUGACGCUCAGAACUACCACACGCUGUCGGAGUUUAUCGGCGACAUGACCAAGAUCUUCGACAACUGCCGGUACUACAACCCGAAGGAGAGUCAGUUUUACCGGUGCGCCGAAUCGCUCGAGUCGUUCUUUGUGCAGAAGAUUAAGUUCUUCCGCGAGAACCUGGUCGACAAGAAGGCAACGGCGGCGACGGCCGCGGCCACUUCCUCGUAGAAGCGGAGCUCGAAAAACGUUUCUACGUUUCAACCGUUUCGAUGAGCAGGAAGAGGAAUGAAUAUUUUUGUUUAAGCUAAUAAACAUGAAGUUACACAAACACACACACACGCACCCCCUCCCUUAUACAAUAACACAAUUGUAGAUUUGAGUUAGGUUUACGUCCUCUCCCCCAAAAAACACAAAAAAAAACAUUUACAGUAGCGGGUCCGCGCGUUGACCCGCUGUUUUAAACAUUACCUUGAAGUUGUGGUAGAAUACAGGAUUAAUUUAUUUUAGCAAACGCCACUAGGCUUGGCGCAGUUCUUUCUUUCGGUACCUUUAACUAGAGCGUUGGUUAGAUUUCAGCUGUGACUAUAGAAAAAGGCGCUGCUGCAGCGUCGGCACGACGCUUUUGUAAAUAUUUAGAAUAAAAAAACCCGUGUCGAAAACAACAAAAUUUUGUACAUUUUUAAAAGGCCUUCUCGAAAAAAAAGAAAACACAAAUUUCUCCUACAUUUUAAGUUUAUUAUUGAGUGCAACCAUUUUGAGUGUCAUCAAGCGUCUUGUCCUGCUACAAAUUAGCUUCUAGUACCCACACCCUUAUUGUUAGAGAGAAACAAAAUACAAACAUAUUUGUUGAUUGCGUUUGCGUCGCGAUAUUACUGCACCUAUUGAGUAUAUUCACCAGAAAAAAAGCCACGCCACGCCGAAACGGGAAUGGUUUUACGCAACUGUACAGUUUGAUUUUCUUUUAAAAACUCUUUUUGAUCUUAUUUUAUGAAAAUAUUAUCAAGCCAACGCGAUUGUGUAAUGUAUAUUUUGGUUAUAGCGGUAAGAUUAUUACAGUGGAACGGCGAUGGAAGAGCUGUUGUAGCGCGUAUCGAGUUAGAUGAAGUUUGAACAUUAUGCUAGGAAUAGUUGUAAGGUUUUCCUUUUGGCGGUGGUUUCAUUUGAAAUGAAAAACGCCGCAUGUAAUAAGAUGCUAGAGAGUACUAAACACAACUAUUGUACACAAGAAAGAAACACAUACACAAACACACAUUUAUUGGUAUACAAUAAAAGGAUGAUUUAUUUUCUGAAAAAUAAA